AUGGGAGCCAGUGAGUCUUCAUCAGAAAUAAAAAUUGUGCUUCUUGGGAAAACAGGAGACGGCAAAAGCAGCUCUGGAAAUACAAUCCUCCAAAAAAAGGUUUUCAUGCCCAACGCUUCACCAAAUUCCGCAACAAAAACAUCUGUAAGACAGGAUGGGACAGUAAAUGGAAGAAAGCUUACAGUUAUUGACACACCUGGACCCUUUGACACGAGCGAUCGUGAUGAUGAGACCAUUAAAACCGAGAUCAUUAGAGCCAUUACUGAAUGCGCUCCGGGUAUUGAUGCUUUUGUCAUUGUUCUGAAAGUUGACAGGUUCACAAAACAAGAAAUUGAGAUUGUGAAAAAAAUCGGUGAGUACUGUGGAGAAGAUACCUUUAAACAUGCAGUGGUUUUAUUCACUCAUGGCGAACAGCUAAAAGGUCAAACCAUCGAAGAAUUUGUUCAGAGAAGUACAAAACUCCAAGAGCUUGUCGAUAAAUGUGGAGGCCGCUGUCACGUCAUCGACAACACAUACUGGAAGCGAUGUCUCUAUUGCCCUUGCAGUUGUGGAUACAAGAGUAAUAAUUUCCAGGUGAAAAAUCUGCUGGAUACCAUAAAUGAAAUGGUGCAAGUGAACGGCCGCUACACCAAUGAGCUGAUGUUGACUGCAGAGCAAGAAAUUCAAAAGGAGAUGAAAAAUGAAAACAAUGGCAAUUUACCUUCAGAAGAGAGACGUGAAAGAGCAAAGAAGAAUGUUUUUGAAAAAUUUGUCCGUCGGCUUGCGGGAGUGACCACAGGGAUACUGGUUGGUGCUUUUCUAGGCAUCGGUGUCGCAGUGGCCUCCGUGGUUGCUUUACUGAAAGGAACAAACUACAGCAUAGCAUGUAAAGGAGUGUCGCUGGGAAUAGCAGCAGCAGAAGCGGCAGCAGCAGCAGCAGGAGCAGGAGCAGGAGGAGCAGCAGCUGGAGCAGGAGUAGUAGCAGCAAAGGCAGGGAUAGCAACAGCAGCCGGAGCCGCAGCACUGGAGGCAGGAGUUGCCACAGGCGCCGGCAUAGGAGCAGCAGCUGGUGCAGGAAUUGCUGCAGGUGUCCUAUUUGGAUCAGCAGCUCUUGCAGGAGCGAUUGGUGGAGGAAUCACUGGAUACAACGCAGCAGAACAAGCUGAUUCUGUUCUUGAAUCUAUUAAGAACUCAGCCAAAGCCAACUAUGAGAAAUCAAAAAGGGUUGUUGAAAAGGCAGAACAACUGCCACUUAAAGCACGUAAAAAGAUUUAA